GUUUUAUCAACUCUCUCUCAUCAACUAUGCAUUAUGAACGUUCAUGGGAACAUCCAAAUCCCAGGAUACCUGGACUUCUCCAUCUCCAGCAUCAGGGGGAUUCAUUGGUGAGGAGAUUUGGUGGGCCACACCUCAGUCUUAAGUGGGCAGAGUGAGCGUGGCCGAACGUCACAUGUCUGCCUAGAGAAAUAUGAAAGUUAUGUGGAGACUGAGGGUCCAACCUGGAGAAUUCCCAGUGUUCCCUGGAUGCAGAAAUAUGCUAUAUGAUUUCUUAGCACUGAUUGGCUGCUUUGGAGAUGCAACUUAUCCUAAAGGUCAUCAUGACUGAUACAAUUUUUGGCACUGGAACUGAUAAGUGGGUAUGUCCAAAUGAUCGUCAGCUAGCCCUCAGAGCUAAGUUACAGACAGGAUGGUCAGUACAUACUUUUCAAACAGACAAGCAAAGGAAAAAUCAGUCUCUUGACAAAAAUGAAGUGGAUACAAUUCUACAGGUUAUUAGAAGGGCUGAAAAAGUGGACUGUCUGGAGCAGCAGAGAAUUGGGCGUCUCGUGGAAAGAUUGGAAAACAUGAAGAAGAAUGUCAUGGGGAAUGGGAUGUCACAGUGUCUGUUGUGCGGGGAGAUGCUUGGACUGUUGGGCUCUACCUCUGUGUUCUGCCAGGACUGUAAAAAGAAAGUCUGCACCAAAUGUGGAAUUGAAACCAACACGAACCAGAAGCGCCCUACAUGGCUAUGUAAAAUCUGCAGUGAACAAAGAGAGGUUUGGAAGAGAUCGGGAGCCUGGUUUUACAAAGGCCUGCCCAAAUACAUCUUACCAUUGAAAGUAUCAAGUAAACCAAAAGAUUUCCAUGUGAAAACUUCUCAUCCUGAGCCAUCAGCACAAGAUGGAAGGAACAGUGCAAGUAGCAGAACUUACACCUGGGCUAAAGGGAGAGUGGCCUCUAGUGAUAGUGAAAGUGACUCUGAAUUCAGUUCAUCUAGUUUGGAUGACAAGUCCUCCACUAAAGGAUCAAAAGGUGAUAUGCCUCAAAAACAAAGACUAGAUUCUGUUUCAAGCACAGAACCCUAUAUGACUUCAGUCGGUAGCAACAAGAAAAACUUGCUCAGUGGUGGCUUGUCAGGUAGCCUGAGCAGUCUUGGCAGUGAACGUGGCGGUGACCAUGGCUCAAUAAGUGCCACAGAGAGCUGCCAGGGAGACCGUUUUGAAAGCAACGAUAGUGACAACAGCCGGUGUCCACCAGAAGAGAAGACCAUAAAGUAUAUGAGAAGAAGAAAUGCAGCUCGAUACGUGAUGGGAAAACGUGGGAACCCGAGUUUGUGGCACUGAAUACAUGAAUGGACUACAUUCAAGACCAUUUUCCUCAAAGAUAGUUAAACAUUUUGCAGACUUUUCUGAUUGCUGCUGCUUACAGAUGAGCAGAUAUACAUGUGAUCUUGCCUGUUAAUCUGAUGUUUUGUGGUCUGUUUCUGCUGUUAACAUUAAUAGACACGCCUGUCUUCUUGUUUCUUGUAUAUUGUAUUCUGGUGAUUGAUGUAUUUUUUUCUUUGAGCAUUAUGAUGUAAGUAUAGAAACUUUACAGUAUGCUACUAUAAAGUAUUUUCAUUGCAUACAAACACAGGGUCCUUAUAUAAUUGUGAAACUUGUGCUGAGUGCCUAUGGAUUUUACAAUAAAGGUGCUAUGCAUAUUAUAGCGGACAGCUGCAAUUUUGUACAAUGUUUGGAUUGUAGCAUUUCAAUCUCUAUUUGUUACAAAAUAGGUACAUUUCUUACCAUCACCUCAGAAUAUUUAAUCAUUAAUAUAUGUAUGUUUCCAAAGUACGUGUUUAAGCCUUAAAUACCCCACAUCAGUGAAGAACAUGUACUGCUACAAUAGUGAAAGGGGGCCAUGAUAUAUAUAUAUAUAUAUAUAUAU